CACUGUUUUAGUUCCUUGCUUUCACAGGUAAAACAACACACCUGAGCUCUGAAGCAGGUAGAUACCAGAUGAAUGUGUUGCUCUUGACAGCUUUCGACAGGAAACCCUUUGUAUGAUAUUUUUAAAUAUAUAUAGGAAGGAAUGCUAAGCGACUGAUCUAGAUAUUUACCAGUCAGUUCGGCUGACACUACAGCUAAAGUGGAUUGGCGAAUUUUUAAGAAAUAUAUACAUCACACCAGGAUACUUUUAAAUUCAACAAAAAUGGACUCCUGGCGUUUUCUUUUUGUUGCCUUGGUUUUUAUUUUCGGUGUUCAUGGCGGCAAAACACAGAGUAGCACAGAGGACAAACUCACAUCAGCACAGGGCCAGUGUGUACAAACUUUCAGACCCGGUCGGGAAGACUUUGUUCUCGACACGGAAGAGGCGAUUGAGGAUGGGGCCGUUUUUUUAUCAAACCCGAGCGUCGCGAACAGGGACGCGUGCAUUGCUACGUGCUGCAGAGAUCCCAAAUGCAACUUGGCCCUCAUAGAAGACGGACACGAGAAGGGAUCCAACAGCAGCUGCUUUCUCUUCAACUGCUUAUAUAAGCAAAAAUAUGUCUGUCGAUUUAUUCAGAAGAAGGGGUUCACAAAUUAUUUACUGGAUUCUGUCUAUGAGCAUUACUUGAACGGCCGCAAAAGUGAUGAAAAGGACAAUCCGCCCGUUGCCAAUGCUGGAGGGGAUGUGGUGGUCCAGCCUAAUGAGGAGGUAUUGCUGAAUGGCAUUGAGAGUUGGGAUGAUAGGAACAUCAUCAGCUACAAAUGGAGUCUCAUCAGUGGAAAUGAAUCUGUCCAUAUAGAGAAAACUGAUCUGCCGGACCAGGUGAAGGUGUCCAGGUUGGUACCUGGGGUGUAUAAGUUCAAACUGACAGUGACCGAUUCAGGACACCAUUCUGAUUCUGCCGAAGUCACUGUCUUGGUUCUCACUUCUGAGCAAUCUGAGCGUCAUUGUUUGGCCCCUAAAUGGGUGGGACCCUGCCGAGGUUCUUUUCCUCGUUGGCAUUACAAUGCUGCAUCCAGCAAGUGUGAGGAGUUCAUCUAUGGAGGGUGUAAAGAGAAUAACAACAACUAUCUCUCUGAACAGGAGUGUUUGAAUGCCUGUAAAAACACGACAGUAAUACCUGGAGAUAUUAGAAAGCUGGCCAAGGAAGUCUGUACUUUGUGUGGAGAAGACAAAUUCAAAUGCUCUAACGGCUGCUGUGUGAAGAAAGAGCUUGAGUGUGAUAACCAGAAGCAAUGCACCGAUGGUUCUGAUGAGGAGAACUGUGAACAAUUGAAUAAUGGCCUGACUCGACUUCUAAGGAUUGAGGUGAAUAAAAAAGCACACUGCACAGAUCCACCUGUUGUGGGCCCAUGUCGAGCCAGAUUUACUCGCUGGUAUUAUGACCCUCUUAACAAAAAGUGCCAUAGCUUCACCUAUGGUGGCUGUGAUGGCAAUAAGAACAACUUUGAGACAUCAGACAAGUGCAUGGACAACUGCUCAGGUGUCUCAGAAAAUGAUGUGUUUGCCACAGGAUUGUUUGUAAGGGAAGAACGGGAAGAACUAGGAGAAAGCCAGUCAGCUUCUGUUGCCCUAGCUGUGGUUUUGGUUGUCGCAAUCUUGGCCGUUCUGGCUGUGUUGGGUUACUUCUUCCUCAAGAACAAGAGAAAAAGCCAUCAGCCUGUGGCCACCAGCAGUCCUCCAGUGGUGUACAGUGAUGAUGACCAACUGGUCUACAACAGCACUACCGCCAAAGCUUGACAUUAUCUUUAACUCCAUAAACUUUUAACAUCUUUUCUGCCAUAUGGUCUGCCCUUCAGACUGCUGCUGACCUCAGUGUAGAAUAGGCAGUAUGAAUAACUAAGCAACUCAGUUAAGAGUUCCUGACCUUUAUGUAAUGCCAUUUUAAAUGUUUGGUCACUGAACCAGGUCUUUUAUCUCAGGUCUUAAUGAUCAAGGUGUUUAAUGUGGAUUUUUAAAAUUAGUGUAUUAUAUUACGUUGAUCAGACCUGUGUUUGUGGCUCCUUAUAGAUGGUCUUCUACCAUCUGAGAGUUUUACAUUCUCGCAAUCGACAAGCACUUAACAAAAUAAUAUUGUAACUUUCUUUUUGUUUCCCGUAUCAUUUAUCAUUCUGAUUAUUUCUGAGGGGAAUUGAAAUGUCUUGACUUACCUCUAGAGGCUAUUUUAAUAUUUCUGUUACAUUUUGAAGUACAUGUGUUUUUAUGGUGUGACAAUUUAUUGUUUAUAUGUGGAGUGUAAGAUUGUUUGUAUUAUUAACCCUAUAAAUCCUUAGUUCUUAUUGCACUAAAUUUAAAUAUUUGCCAGAUUUUUGCUGUUUUUGUUUUUUUUUUAUUAUUAAAGAGAACCUAAUAUGAGUGAUAUUCCAGUUGUUGAGGACUGGGAUGAAACAGGCUUAACCACUGGGGAGAAGAAACAAAACCUAAACAAACAAACCUACAUUUGAUGGUUUGUGUUUCUCAAUAUGGGUCAAGAGUGUCAAAUAAUGACUACUGUCUAAAAUGUUUAUUGUGGGUGGAUGUGUUUCUUUAAGAUAUGCAUCUGAUUAUUUCUGGUUUUCUUCUGUUUAUGUAUUUUAAACAGUGUAAGUGCUAUUUGGUGAAUAAGGACAUGAUUCAGGAGCUCUGAUUUUGAAUAAAAGAGUUUAAAAUUAAA